UAUAUUAUGCAUGUAACGAAAUGAUUUUGAUUUAUGCCCUUUUUGAUUUUUCCAUUAUCAUAUUAAUGUGAUAGAAAAAAUUUAUGAAUUAAUUUACUCGUCUCUUUAUUAUACUUGGUACUUUGCUAUUUGGAUAGAAAAUUUUAUAGUAAUUACGUUACAAAUUAGAUCUUGAAGAUGGAUCUAGAGGCAGAGCCGCUCGGGGAUGCAUCCUAUAAAGAUGCCAGGGAGCCGCUAGGGGAUGCAGCCCCUGCAGAUGCAGACCCUGAAGAUGCUAGAGGCAGGUCGUCAUCUUCAUCGUCUAAGAAGAGAGGUCCUACCCGAGGUUCAGAAUUACUUGAGAGGACUUCAGUGAAAAGGGUCAUUGGGAUUAAUGAAUUUGGGCAACCGAAUAUAGGGGAUGCAAAUCAGAUCGCAUUCAAUUCAAGCAUUGGUGUUCUCACCCGUGCACACAUUCCGAUCACCUACACAGACUUUCGGUUGGUGCCUCCACAAUACAUUCAGAGGGUCAGUGAUAUCCUGGCAUGUUGUUAUGAAUUUCAAGAUAACCAAGAAGCGUGGUCACCAUACAUUCGUGAUCGCUGUAAGGCUGCUUGGAGAAAUUUCAAGAACACUUUGCAUGCAAAGUAUAUUAAGGACAAGGAUCCUGCAGUUGUGAAAUCUUAUCCUGCCCCUAUUGGUGUCCCUAUUGAGGAUUGGAUGAUCUUCGUGGAUUAUUGCAAUACUGAUAAAUUCAAGGAAUCAAGUGUAAGAAAUGCAUCCAAUCGGGCCAAACAAGUUGGCCCUUCUACACUUGGUCGGCGUAGCAUGGCUACCACACGUCAUGAGAUGGCAAUUGAGAGGAAUCUUACUACUGAUGCCGAGGUUGGUAGGGCUGAGGUGUACAUCCGAGCCCAUAUAACAAAGGAUACCAAAGUGUAGUUUCCAGAAACCUUUGUAAGUGCAACCCUCGUACAUCCUUUCAUUAUCCAUGUGAAUUUUAAAUGCUUCUUUCCCGCACUAUAAUUUUUCUUUUGGAUGUUGUCAUAGGAAAAAAUAAAAUCGAUUCAAAGUAGUAAUCCCGCAUCUCGGAUGACCAGUGUAGAUGAUGCCCUUACA